AUGUCUGCUUCCGGACUCACGCCAGUGAUGGAGGCCGCCGCCGCCCCUGCGACGCCUACCGGGGCGGUCGGCUCUCCGGCCACUCCUGGCGUGAGUCUGGACUUCGGCCCGACCUCGGCGCCUACUACAACCGCGCCUGGUGGUCUGGACCUGGAUAGCCUGGAGGGGCUUGAGCCUACGCCUCUUGGGGCGUCUGGCUCCUCUGGCGCCGGGUGCUACGGAGCCGAGGUCGUCGACUUGCUGGGCCUGGAGCUCGACGACAGCCCGGCCCACUUCAUCCGGUCGUUCGUGGCGGGCCUCUCCGUCACUGGCUUGGCGGCCGCCAUCAGGGCGCUUUCGCCCGAGGACGCCUCCAACCUCAGGGCGGCCAUGGCCGAGGCGGAGGCCACGCCGGAUCAGGACACGGCGGCGGACGAGG